AUGAAGGUCACUCUCGUCGUUGCUGCCCUCGCGGCCGCCGUCUCUGCCGUCACUCCUCCAAACUACUCCCUGCCUCCCUCUGGCAACCCCAUCGGCACCCCAGGCCUCCACGAGAAGGUCCCUGUCGACAAGCCCUACGCCAUCACCUGGCAGGCAACCACCGAGAGCCAUGUCUCCAUCAUGCUCCUCCACGGCUGCCCCAAGAACUGCAACCCAGUUCAAACUCUUGCUGAGAACAUCCCGAACACCGGCAGCCUCUCUUGGACUCCUAGUUCUGACCUCACCGGUGACGACUCCUACGGCCUCGUGAUCGUCGUCGAGGGCACCGGCCAGUACCAGUACAGCACCAACUUCGGCAUCGAGAACCACAGCCCCAAGCCACAGCCACCAAAGUCCACCACGCCAGCCGAGAAGCCUACCUGGACUCCCCAGCCCUCCAAGCCAGUCACCCACAUCGUCGAGGCUUCCUCCAGCACUCCCGUCCCCUCCGGCGGCGUCAUCACUCUCACCACCUCCAUCUGCCCGCCAUCUGCUACCACUUCCACUGUCCCCGGCGUGCCCCAGCCAACUGGCAGCGCGCCAGUCCCCGGCACUCCUCACCCAACCGGCGGCAACCCUGGCCCAGCUCCAGCUCCAUCUGGCUCCGGUGCUCCCGUGCCACCACCAGCCUCGACCAACACCCCUCCACCAUUCAACAACGGUGCCGGCCGCGUCGGCGCUGGCUUCGGUGCCGCUCUCCUCGUUGUCGCCGCUGCUUUUGCCAUGUAA